AUAGCCAUCUGUGAUAUAGUUCCAUGGUAUAGCACAGUAUCAACACGAAGUGUAGCCGAAACUCGUUCGUAGGCUCCCUGGAGCUUGACUACUUUGACCAGUACAAAAAUGGAGACUCUUCUUAGCUUUAUGGAUACAACAACAUCCUUAGUAGCUCUUCUUGUUUUUCUGCUCAGUCUAUUUUUCACCCAUCGUUUCUACCAAAGCAGAGAUGAAAAAAUAAAAUCGCUUCCUCCGCGGGGCCCGGUAGAGUGGCCGAUCAUUGGAAUCAUCCCCAGUCUCGUCGGCGACGAACCCUACAAGCUUCUCGCUGGUCUGUCCUCCAAGUACGGCCCGGUGUUCUUGAGUCGAAUCGGAAUGAUCCCCACACUCGUAAUCAACGAUUUCAACUCAAUGAAAGAGGCUUUGGCGAAGUCUGGGGACGAUUUCGCAGAUCGACCUAGAUUUGGGAUGAUGGAGUACAUUACGAAAGGGAAGGGCAUAAUUUCAGCUCACGUGGGUAACAGUCAGCGAGAGAAACGUCGUUUCGGCCUUGCCGCCCUUCGAGAACUCGGCAUGGGUAAAUCUCGUCUCGUCGAGAACAUAACGGACGAAAUUGAAACGUUGUCCGAAGUCUUUGUUGGCUACGAAGGCAAACCUUUUAAUCCUGCCCACGAUAUUACUGUGUCCGUUUCCAACAUCGUAUCAUGGAUUGUCUUUGGGAAGCGAUUCAAGCAUGAUGAUACUGCCUUCAAGCGUUUCCUGGAAAUAAUUCACGAAGGAAUCGAGAUUUGUGAGUCGACAGGCGCUACAGGAUUUAUCCCCAUGCUGCAGUACUUACCAUUGCCUGUCUGGAAGAAACUCGCUGACAACGAAGCAGAGUGGAGGAAAUUCGAUAGUGCCAUGAUCAAAGAUGCCCUGCAGAGGCCUUCCUUUGAAGAGCCAUGUUUCGUACAGAUGUACCAUGAGGAAAUGAAGCGUAUGCAACAACGAGUCAGCGCAGGUGCAGUAGGUUCAGAUGUGUUCAGUGGUACGAAUGGCACCAGCGACUCUGACGGUGGUGUGAUUUUUAAUGAAGAAGAUAUGCGUCAGACUCUUGGGGAUUUGUUUGCAGCUGGAACGGAUACAACUGCCACAACACUGAAAUGGGCUAUUCUCUUUCUCAUACUGCAUCCAGACGUCCAAAGUAAAAUCCAUGAAGAAUUGGACAGUGUUUUUGGACGCACUCGAAAGCCAAGCUUGGAGGAUCGUAAGCAAAUCCCUUACACUGAAGCGGUGCUUCUGGAAGUCCAGAGGACGGCAUCGGUUGUUCCCCUUGGUGUGCCACAUUCAGCGAGUUGGGACACUACGCUUAAUGGACACCAUGUUCCAGCAAAUACCCUGAUCUUACCCAACAUCUGGGCUGUCCACCAUGAUCCAAAGAUCUGGAAGAACCCUGAUAAGUUUCGACCGGAAAGGUUUUUAGAUGACACGGGGACGACUGUUCUUCAGCGAGAAGAGCUCCUCCCAUUUUGCAUAGGCAGGAGAAAGUGUCUCGGAGAGCAACUCGCCAAGAUGGAACUGUACUUCUUCUUCACCCAUCUUCUCCACCGCUUCGAAUUCCGUAUCCCUGAGGGCGCCCUUCCACCCAGCACUGCAGGAAAAGUUGGUGCCACACGCAACCCAAUGCCGUUCAGUGUGUGUGCAAUACCGCGUUACUCAUAGCAAGAGUCUAGGGAGAGGUUGGCUCUCAACAAACAAGUCAGGGGUCGCGGAACGGUUUUGAAAGUGGGGGCGGAAGGGGGGGUUGACCAUGCAAAAAAUCACAACGAGAUGGUCAUUUUUACGUUUUUGUUCACGGUUUUGUUAAAAAAAAGUGGGAGCUGAAGCCAACACAGCCAUUGGCGGCGGAGCAGAGGAUUAUAUUUUGUGUUUGGGGGGACGCCUAUUGUUGCGUCCCCCCCCCCCCCACACAAAAGAUAAUCCUCUGCUCCGCCGCCAAUGAACACAGCACACCCCCCGCCGUUUUCGCGACCCCUACAAAUGUCUGCCGUUGGUGAUAGUUGAUCAUUACUAAUGGACAAUGAAAAAAUAUUCUCUCGCAAUCAUUAAGAAACUAUUGCGAAUCUAAAACCUGAUCGCCAUUAUUGAUAAUUAUGCGUUAUGAAUUACGAAUUCUGGGGCCUGUUGUAUAGUUACGAACUUACGAUUAAAUAUAACUCUAAAAAAUCAAAGUAACUUGCUUUUCAACCAAACCCGUAUUUUGGGUCUUGUGGUUUAUUUGGUUGUUUGUUUGUUGCAUGUAAACGCAACUCUUAUUACAACGGGCCACAUUUGAUGAAGGGCGGUUAUUCUGUUACUCGCAAUGGGUAGUUGGUUCCAUGAUAUUUGCUCCGGCGACAAUUGCUCUGAUGAAAAAUCUGCACAUUGUGCCAAACAUAAACCCUAACCUCCAAAACUAAAUAAACGUUAAUUAUAAUCUUAACAUUAUUCUGAACCAAGACUCUAUUACAAUCCUAACCCUAUCCUUUACCCUCUGAUAUAUUAACCCUAACUUAACUGGGCUAUUUUGUGAGGUUAAAGUCCGGAGGGGGCCUUUUAGGCCCUCCUUAAGAUCACGGCCGCAGAUUUCGCGCAGUCGCGAAAAUGUUGGUAAGCUAGGGUUAAGACUGGAGCAAAUGUCGUAGGAUCAUUAUGUCGUGUUUCCGGAUAGUUGUCCGUCAUGGCAGUCACUUUUAUAUCGAGCUUUUGUAUUCGACUCCCUCUCCAUACAGUUCCUUUGAUGUUCCUUAACUAUUGAUUUUUUUUUUAGUGUAGGUUCACCUUUUGUGACGGAGAAGCGUUAUUGCAUGUUUCACCAGUUUUCUUUCAACAGGGUCGCCUCUUCAGUUGACGAGCUGCUAUCACUGAGUAUUUACGAUAAUAAUAGAUUUCGUAGGAAGGUAAACAACUUCUUAACCCACACACAAAUGCCACAAGAGGUAUUGUAAUUCCAACUUGAAAUAUUUAGCCUGAAAUAUUGUAUUAUUUCCAACGAAUUUCUCGAAGACCAGAUUGGAGAGAGUUUGGUUCGUUUCAUUUCACGUUUUCAUGUACAUUGAUCUCGUUUCUUCUAAGUUUUGCAUGUUUAGAAAUUAUAUGUUAAUAUGAAGAACCGAUUAAUUAAGAAGAUGAAGCUGGAAAAUUAAGUUAGGAUUUAGUGAGACAUGGCACUCGAUGAAACCAUAUGCAUUAUAAAAAUCAUUUAUUUAUUACUUCAUUAUUUUCUUUCAGAUACAUUAAUGUGCAUUGUUAGCUCCGUGAUUUUAUAGUAUACAUCCAAGGUUAAUACAUGUAAUGCAAACUUGUUCUGACAUUGUAAGUCAAAUUCGUUUAGAUGCUGAAAACGUCAUGAAACCAGGCAGAUAAUGAUUGUUCACUACUUGUAUCUGAUAAAAAAUUGAGUGAAAUUUGAAUACAAAUGAGGAACAUCAACAUUCUUUUAUCACACAAAACCUAUAGUUUCCCAUUCCAAAUAAAU